CUUAUACUGAGUGUUUUCUAUCUACAUUAUUAUUAUACGAUCGACUAGAAAAGCUUUGCAAUCUCGGCCACAUGCAACCAACCAGAGGAGGCUACGCACGCGCUUUCCUCUUCAUCAUCAAAACAAGCUUCAUCCAAUUUUCAAUUUUCCAGAAAAGUCUUCGUAUCAACAUCGUCUCCAUCUUGACUCCCCCACGCAUAGCUUCUGCAUCAUUAUUAAUUAUUAUUUCGAAUUGAGAACAGAGUGAGAGGCAGCUUGAAGCUAGGGAUCAUGGGUUGUUGCAACAGCAAGAACGCGGAUACGAAGGCCAGCCGCAUGGCUCGGUGGCGCGCCACCGGAAUCGUAGCUUUAUGCGACUCCAAAUUGAAGGCAUUCUUACAAUUCCUUCCCUUUUCAUUUCCCUGUAUAUUGGUUUUGAAAAGUGCAAGCAAGCUUCAUAUCUAUUAUUAGUAGCUAUUAACGAAUGAAUUUGCUGGUUGUUCUAGUUGUAGAAAUCAAAGUUUUUUUUUUUUUACUAUCUGUCCCACUAAGAUUGAGAUGUGGGACGAUUAUUAACAAAAAUGUAAUUAUGUAGAUGCUAUCAAAUAUUUGAAGUGCACAUGAAUCAGAAACACACAGAUACAACCAUAUAUUCCAUGAGACAUGUUAAUCUGGACGGCUAAAAUAGAAAGAUGGGAUAAAGAUACAGGGACAUAGGGAGUUUUUUUUUUUUUUUUUUUUAUGUUGAGGGAGUAUUUCUUUAUUUGGAAAAUAAGUUAUUGGAGAAAGUUUGAAAUUUAAGUAUUGAUUAACUGCUCUUGAUGAAUCAACAUGCACACAUGUCGUGUGUUCUGCAACUAUACUGUGUUGUACAUUGCUUGAAGCUAAUUUUCAAUUGGAUGCUAAUGUUCAGUACCUCUCAAUAUAAUGGCUAAUCACUAAUCAGUAAUCACCUUAACUGAACUAUAUAAUUGUAAUCUGAUUUUAAAGAGAUAAACUGGUCUUUACAAACAACAACAACAACACAAACUGGUCUUUAGCUAUGAAAUAAUAUAUCUAUGGUUAUUUCAUGAAUAAUGAUGAUUGUUGACACGUUGGCACUGGAAAGACUGGUUAGCAGCUGCUGAAGGCUUUCCUUGUAGAAGUAUUUUAUAUCAAUUACAAGAGACUGACUUCUAUAUUUCUCUUCAGUCAUUUCCAGAUGAAGUUCUUGACCUAGAGAGAUCUGUGCGUACUCUUGAUUUGACAUGCAACAAAAUAGUUGAUAUUCCUGUGGAGAUUAACAAGUUAAUGAACUUGCAGAGGCUGAUUUUGGCUGAUAACCAUAUAGAGAGCCUUCCAGUGAAUCUGGGGUUGCUUCAGUCCAUAAAGGUUCUGAAACUUGAUAAGAAUCGAAUGAAAACCUUGCCUGAGGAAUUGGGCCAGCUAGUGAAGCUGGAAUGCUUAUCUGUCUCAGAGAAUUGCUUAGUAAACUUGCCUGAUACGAUUGGGGGCUUACACAAUUUAGUCCUAUUAAAUGUGUCAAGUAACAAGCUGAAAAAUUUGCCAGAAUCCAUCGGAAAGUGUUCCUCUCUUGAAGAAUUGCAGGCAAACGAUAACUCCAUUGAAGAACUCCCUGCUUCUGCUUGCAGCCUUGUACAUUUGAAGUCACUUUGCAUGAACAAUAACAAUCUUGGACAGAUACCUCCAAAUUUUUUACGGGAGUGCAAAAAUUUACAGAACAUAUCCCUUCAUGGAAACCCUAUUUCUAUGGAUCAAUUUCAACAGAUUGAAGGUUUUCAAGAAUUUGAAGCUCGGAGGAAAAAGAAAGUUGAUAAACAGAUUGAGAGUAAUGUGAUUAUCAGUCAUAAUGGUCUCGAUGUGCGGGUUGACCAAUGACAUCUCUGCAAGAGGAUAGCUGAACUAGAGCACCAUGAACCUCCAUGAUGAACUCAGACAGAGCAGUGCUGCCUUAGUAUUCCGCCCUUCCCAUGACAUAUAUUGUGCAGUUAGUUACUCAUUUUCACAUGAAUUGUAAAUCAAAUCCAUCCUGUAUGACAUAUACGGUAAGACUCCACUUUUUUCGCUCAGACUGAAUGAGUUGAUGUUUUUUCCUUUCUAAUUUUUAGGGAGGCGUAUGAAAAACUGUCCUUUUGCCUUAUUUGGCAGUUCCAUAUUUUUACUCUGUUAGUUUAAUCGAUUGCGGUCAUUCUCUUUGUUGAAAUGAAGUUGGAGUGAUCAUUCUACAUGAUUUUUAACAACAAAGUAGCAUCGUAGAAAACAUUGUAGCCUUUAAGGUUUAACCAACUACCAUAAUGACACAAAAAAUGGAGUACUCUCCAAGUUCCGAUAUAGGCUAGGGACUAUUUACUUGGCAGGAGACAAGUUGAAGCAUCAAACUAAUAGGGGUGGACUGAACCGGGCCGGUUCGGGCCUCGAGCCUGGGCCCGGCCGGGCCUCGGUUCAGAAUAUUGAGGCCCGAGCCCGAACCGGGGGUGGCCGGUUCCGGGCCGGUUCCAGGCCGGGCCAUCCGCCCUAUUUUUUUUUUGGCUUCUUUAUUUAAUCCCCUACCCCUCUUUCUCAACCCCAAACCACCCCAAACCACCUCAAAUGGACCAAAAUACCUAAUCUAACCCAAAACAUAAAAAAUUUUCAAAAAAAAAUAAAAAAAAAAUUAUUUCCGGCCCGGACCGGGCCCGAACCGGCCGGGCCGGUUCACCAUAUGGAAGGCCCGGGCCCGGAACCGGGAACCACCGGGCCGGUUCGACCCGAACCGCCGGUGGACCGGGCCACCGGGCCGGGCCGGUUGCUACAGUGGCCGGGCCGGUUCCGGGUCGGGCCGCCCGGCCCGAGUCCAGGCCUACAAACUAACAUUUUCCUCGAUGUUUUUCCUUUUUAUUUAUCAAUCCCCUCCAUUCCAUUAUAUGUCUUGCUCAUUCAAUGAGUCAUGGCUGAAGAUAUUUCCUGUUAUAUUUUUGUUGUAUUUAAUGUGUUAUAAGCAAUAGAAACAAUUAAGUAAUUAACAUCUUUAAAUUAUUAACUUCAUCAAAAGAGUGACAAAAAGUGGUCGUCUUCCUACACUAGUUAGGGUUUUAUGUUUUGCUGAGCUUCGUUCAUGUGAUUUGGAUUUUCGUGGAACGAGAGUUUCAGCGGCUUUCCUUUUGGGAAUUUUGGAAUGUGACAAAAUGAUAGAAUUUUCUUCUGUACCUCGGACAUGGAUUUCAAUGGCAAAUCUCAAGGAGCGAAUUGGCGAGAGCAAUUAGGAGAGUGCAAGGAUAUGAUUUCAAACGAAUUUUCCGGGGGUUGAAAUUCUCUUCUACCAUACUAUACUACUAUAGCAGCUCGCCCUCCUCCGGAACCACCUUCGUGCGAGAAAGCAAUUUGGGAAAAGUUUUUAUUUUCUUAUUAUUUUUGUUAUGAAGCAACAGCCAGUCCAUGCAAUUUUGGACGUGAUUUUCACUAUGGGUCAUCCGGAAACAGUCUCUCUGUGAUGAUGAUGAUGAUGAUGAUUGAUGAUGAUGAUAGAGUACUUAUUUUUAUUUUAAUUCGAGCAUGUAUGGUUGGAGUAUUUUGAUUUUUUGAAGAACUUUUGAUAGAUAGUGCUUCAUUUUCUGUCGUUUCAGACUUCUUGCCUGUUUUGUGUCUACCGAGUCAGGUUGCUUUGUAUGGGUGGUUGACUCUAAGUCUAUUGCUAGGGCUUAUGAUCGAAUCUGUAAUAAUCGUCUGAAUUUUGUGUCUUGCAUGUUUGCUCUAUAUUAAUGAAAAACCAUUUUGAU